AUUGCCACACGGGUCAAAAGCAGUAGAAGAAGGAAAACAACGACUACAAAACCUUACCUUAGAACAAAAGAACGUACAAAAGUUACUGAUCUUGCAAAAGAUGCAUUAAGACAAAAGCAAAAUAACGAUACUCCUGAUUCAUCCGCACCUUAA